AUGGAUUCCUGUGAUCGCUCCACAAGUCAUUCUCUCGCUCUCUUUACUUUGUGCGCAUUUAUACCAAAGCUUUCCCUUUCUCUUUCUCUUUCUCUCUCAUCAACUCUUCUCUGGCUUUCUCUCUCAUCAACUCUCUCUCUCUCUCUCUCUCUCAAAAGUUGAAAACUACACUGCAACUAAUCACCUCUCUUAUCAGCUCUGCUUUGAACUCUCCCUCUAGAGGAGCAUGAGUAUGGCUUUAAUGAUCAACUAAUCUCUCUUUCUUUCUCAUCUGUAAUCGUGUUUUUCUCUCUCUUAAAGCUACUCUGCAAUCCUCGUCGCAAUUACUUCUUCACUUUCUUGCCAUGGGCACGUUUUGAUCCUUCUCUCAAAAAGGCGCUCUGCCAUUGCUGUCCGCUUAUCUUUAGUUACCUGACUCCCAUGCUCGUUUGGCUUUCUCUCUCUAAAACCCUUUUGUAUUCGCUCUAUAAAACCCUUUUGUAUUCGCUGCAGUCAAUUUUUAAUCUCUCUCUUCUCUUUCUCAUCCCUUGUAUCAUUCUCUCUCUAAAAUCUUUAAUCUCUCUCUUCUUUCUCUCAUCCCUUGUAUCAUUAUCUCUCUAAAUCCCACUUUCUCUCAUCCCUUGUAUCAUUUUCGCUUUAAAAUCCCACUGCACGCCCGCUGCGCUGUCACCAAGCACUUCAACCUUUCUCUCUCUAUAAAAAGCACUUUGACAUCUCUGUAGUCUCAAUACAAUGGGUGACUGUUUCAGCAAGCCCAAAUUCCCUGAGUCCCCCCCUCGCCGAACAUUGCCGGUCAGCAAUGGCUCUUCACCUGUACCCAGCCUACCCAAGAAAGAACAACCCACAAGGCCUGCAAAUCGCCCAUCAACUCACCAACAAACCAGAAAACCAGCAACCCCUUCAAACCCAUCAGCAAAUCGACAGCCUCUCCCUCUCACUUCUGCUCUUAAGUCCCACGUUUCAGCUGAAAACACCAUUCUCGGGAAACCCAUGGUGGAUGUAUCGUCUCUCUACGCUCUCGAUCGAGAACUGGGGAGAGGCCAAUUUGGGGUCACUUAUCUCUGCACAGAGAGAACCACUGGCUUACAAUACGCCUGCAAAUCGGUCUCGAAGAGGAAGCUGAUGAGUAAAUCUGAUGUUGAGGAUAUUAAGAGAGAGGUUCUUAUACUUCAACACCUAACUGGACAACCCAACAUAGUGGAAUUUAAGGGGGCUUAUGAGGACAAGCAAUCUGUGCAUAUGGUUAUGGAGCUUUGCUCUGGUGGUGAGUUAUUUGAUAGAAUCAUUGCAAAAGGGAGCUACUCAGAGAGGGCCGCGGCCUCGGUCUGUAGAGCGAUUGUGAAUGUUGUUUAUGUGUGCCAUUUCAUGGGGGUAAUGCAUAGAGACCUCAAGCCUGAGAAUUUCUUGUUGACUAGCAAGGAUGAGAAUGCCGCUCUCAAGGCCACUGAUUUCGGGCUCUCUGUGUUCAUUGAGGAAGGCAAAGUACACAGGGAGAUUGUAGGGAGUGCUUACUAUGUGGCUCCAGAAGUCUUGCGUCGCAAUUAUGGGAAGGAAAUUGAUGUUUGGAGUGCCGGAGUUAUCUUGUAUAUUCUUCUUAGUGGAGUGCCACCAUUCUGGGCUGAAACAGAGAAAGGCAUAUUUGAUGCUAUCUUACAAGGUGAUAUUGACUUUGCAAGUGAUCCAUGGCCGUCCAUAUCUAAUUCUGCAAAAGAUUUGAUCAGGAAGAUGUUAACACAGGAUCCAAAAAAUCGGAUUACUGCUAGCCAAGUUCUUGAGCAUCCAUGGAUGAAAGCAGAUGCAGCAUCUGACAAGCCUAUCAGCAGUGCAGUUCUAACUAGGAUGAAGCAAUUCAGAGCAAUGAAUAAGCUCAAAAAACUUGCACUCAAGGUUAUUGCAGAAAAUCUCUCAGAGGAGGAAAUCAAGGGACUGAAACAAAUGUUCAAAAAUAUGGACACGGAUGGCAGUGGUACAAUUACCUAUGAAGAGCUAAGGGCUGGGUUAAAUAGACUUGGAUCACGGCUUUCUGAAGCUGAAGUGAAGCAGCUGAUGGAUGCGGUGAGAUACUUAAAUGUUGUAUGGCAUUGCCCAUCUUUUAGUAGGAGCAAAUAUGAACUUUGUUGUGCAAUGUGGAAUGUUUCUAUGUUUCAGGCUGAUGUAGACAGAUCUGGGAGCAUUGAUUACAUUGAAUUCAUCACGGCCACUAUGCAUCGACACCGGCUAGAGAGGGAAGAGAACCUGUACAAAGCUUUUCAAUAUUUUGACACGGACAAUAGUGGGUUUAUCACAAGAGAUGAAUUGGAAAUAGCCAUGAAGGAUUAUGGGAUGGGUGAUGACGCCACCAUUAAAGAAGUCAUUCAAGAGGUUGACACUGAUAAUGAUGGGAGGAUCAACUACCAAGAAUUUGUGGCUAUGAUGAGAAAAUGAACAACCCAAGAAGCCAAUGCGAACGGAAUAAUUCCAAUGCGAAAAGAAGACAUUUUGGCUUGAGCUUCACUGUCCUGUAUACUGACACAGGUCCAUGAGCCCAAACAUUUGGAAGACUUGUGCUCUAUCUGUCCCCUCUGAGUUGCUAUCAGUUUUCAGUUUCAACAGAUCGAAAAUGUGUGGGUCAUAUCAUGGUUUUAGUCCUUUGCUUUCGUGUGAUAUUAUUGGUGUUAAUAAAUAAUAACACUAUUUAAUAGAUUUCUUUCAAUUUGCUUUUCCGUUGUUAUGUUCAUUGAACAGGAGUUAAACGUGUAAAUAAUGGUUUCCAUGUGUAAAAGUAAUGGUUGAGAUAAA